AUGAAGGAAGCAUUAUUGGGUUUAGAACAUGAGGGAAACCUUAUAUCUAACCUAUCUAAAGUAUACAUUGCUAAAGCAUACAUUGCAUCCAAAGAAGAAGCAGCCAGCAGUUCAACAACAAAGCAACCAAAAGAAGAAGUUCAAGAAAUAUCAUCCGAUGAAAGCCAACAAACCAUAACACCAAACCAUGAGGAAUAUCCACCACUACAAACAGAUAAAAAAAAUGUUCUCCUAACACCACAAAAACCUAUAUCUAGUUUCACACCACAAAAACCCGUAUCCAUCCCAAGAUCCCUUAACCAGUUAAAUGCAAAAAUUUCCCUUGAAUCCAUUCUAUCAACAAAAGAAAAAGAAGCCAUGAAAAAACCAUCUGCCAAAAAAUUUGCUUGGGACAGCCUUAUUUCAUACACCGAGGUCCAUUCUUUGAUGGGCUUUUACCCAGUAGCCAGACGCCCAGGUCCUAAAGCAAUCUUCUUAGCCGACCUAUCAGAUCCUAUGACUUUAUGGGAUUACUUUAUUCAUGGAUUCAUCGACACCAUCUAUUUAGAAGGCACCAAUUUACACUGCAUCAGUGAGUUCCCUUCUGCUGUGCAAACCAUCAUCAGAAAUUAUAAAGUACGAUUUGCAAAACAGGAAAGAGGAUUAUUCAUUAAAAUGCACUCUAGCUACCCAAUUUUUGAUGAAGACUCUCAACUAAUUGUCCCAAGUAUUACUUUCGCAAAUAUGGGAAUAAGCAAUGGCUCAAAACCAACAAAAGAUGAUCUACCACGAGAAUCACCAACACAGGAUCACUUAAUCUUCGCACUCGCCGGUGUCUAUUUAGCAUCGUCACGCAUAGGCAACGGUAAAGAUCAGAAGUCAAGAAUUAGAGUGAACUACGCCAGUAAAACCUUCAUUAUCUAUUCGUUAACAGAUAGUGAAAUCACUCCGGAAGCAAUGAAAGCAAUCGAAACUUUCGAACAACCUUUCGAAAAGUUUUCUCAUCAAUUAGCUGAAUUACCUGCUGAUAUCAAAAAACAACUUUGUAAACAUAUUAUGCAUGCACCAAGACACAAUUGCAGUCACUGUUCAGAAAACACAGAAGAAACACCAUUCAUGGAAGAUUAA